AUGGAUUCCCUGGUGGAGGGGAACCACACAACAGUGACAGAGUUCAUUUUAGUGGGCUUAACACAGGAUCCAGUCCUUCGAGUCAUCCUCUUCAUCAUCAUCCUGGGCAUCUACCUGGUGACCGUAUCUGGAAAUCUCUGCACAAUUCUCCUUAUCAGACUUUCUUCUCUGGUCCACCAUCCCAUGUAUUAUUUUCUCAGCCAUUUAGCCUUCGUUGACAUAGUCUUAUCAUCCUCUGUCACACCCAACAUGCUCGCUAAUUUCAUGGUGAAACAGAAUAUUCUCUCUUUCCAUGGAUGUGCCUUCCAGCUUGGCUCAGCUGCUUUCUUUGGGGCAACAGAGUACUUCCUUCUGGCUGCCAUGGCCUAUGAUCGCUUCAUGGCCAUCUGUAACCCACUGCUCUAUUCAACCAAAAUGUCCUCCCAAGUCUGUGUCCAGUUAAUCAUAGUGGCUUAUGCAGGUGGUUUAGUCAAUGGCUGCACUUUCAACCUUUGUGUCUAUUUUUUGCCUUUCUGUGGACCCAAUAGAGUCAAUCAUUUCUACUGUGACUUUUCUCCUUUAGUUGAAUUGUCCUGUUCUGAUGUCAGUGUCCUCACACUUGUUGCCUCAAGUAUUGUUGGCUCCUUGAUUCUUUCCACAGUGCUGAUCGUAGUCUUCUCCUACAUGUACAUCCUCAUCACCAUCCUGAAGAUGCGCUCCACAGAAGGCCGCCACAAGGCCUUCUCCACCUGCACCUCCCAUCUCAGUGCAGUCACUCUGUACUACGGGACCACUACAUUUAUUUAUGUGUUGCCUAAGUCUAUGUACUCCACCGACCAGAACAAGGUAAUAUCUGUGUUCUACAUGGUGGUGAUCCCCAUGUUGAAUCCUCUCAUCUACACUCUCAGGAACAAAGAUAUUAAGGAGGCACUGAAAAGACAGAUUGGUAGGAAAAUAUUUACUUAG